AUGCGAUCAAAGUCAAAAUCCUCCGAAGAGUUGAAAGAGUGGGACAUCGUGCAUAAUGUGGAGACACAGGAGGUUCAGGUCCAGCCGAAUAUACAGGUUGUGAUAUGCUCCUGCAGUGCCCACAUUUCCACAAAAGAUGUCCGUAUCCUACAUGGCUCUCUGCCACACAAUAUAAUAGCCGUACCGUCCUUACCGCAGCUGCGGUCCCUCGUCACCAACUAUCUCCCUAUUCCUUCUGCUUUUCUUUCGCCAAGGUCCAAAAACGCUCUCCGAAACAUCAACAGCCUCCACUCUCGAUUCCAACGAUCCAAUCUACCUUCACGAGCCUUGAAAUACAUACGCAAUCCACUCAAGCUCUUUGAGCUGGCAGACAGGAAUAGAGUACAUGCCCAGAAGAUCUUGAGUGUGCGUUUUGUCUUCAAUCUGACUUGCGUGAUCUUGUGGGUUCUGAUCAGGAAGUUCUUGGAGCUCUUUGGCAUAAGACUUAGUGCUUUCGCAUUAGUUGGGGACUAUCAGAAUCCGGGACGGGGUUUAUGGACUUGA